AUGCUCGCCCGGCACAAGCUCACGGGCACUUCGGUGGCUAUAAAGAUCAUCACGAAACUGAAGGAAAAGACUAACGUGUCGCCGGAGCAGGAGGUGCGAAGCCUGAAGAUGCUCAGCCACCCGCACAUUGUCCAGCUCUUCCAGGUGGUGGAAAAUACGGACAAGCUGGUGCUGGUAAUGGAAUAUCAGGAGGGUGGUGAUCUGCUGGGCUACCUGCAGCAGCACGGGUGCCUGUCUGAGCGUGAAGUCCAUGACAAGUUCUGCCAGAUCCUGUUGGCGCUUCAGCACUGCCAUGCCAAGGGCACAGUACACCGGGAUCUGAAGCCCGACAACCUGCUGUUGGACCAUCAAGGCAAAUUUAAGCUGGCAGACUUUUGGCUCAGCAUGGAGUUCUUUGACGAUCUGCUGAACGCAUAUUAUGGCACGCCAGAGUACGCUGCACCCGAGAUCCACCUUCACAGGCCUUACAACUGCCCCGGAGUGGACAUUUGGAGCCUCGGGGUUGUAUUGUACCGCAUGGUGACAGGGUCACUGCCGUUCCUGGGUAAGAACGCCUGCGAGGUUGGGGAGCGCAUAGUUAGUGGUAAUUUUCACAUGCCCGACUACCUGUCCACCCAGUGUCAGGAACUGUUGAGUAGGAUGAUGGUGCUUGACCCCAAGAAACGGGCCAACAUCGACACCAUCAUUGAUCACCCCUGGGUGAAAAUGAGGAAGGGACUCCUGUCCCUCAGGGUGCCCUCCCACGACCACGUUGACCCGGCCAUCAUGGAGGCCAUGAUGUCCUUUGGGUUUCAAAGGAAUCAGGUGCACAGAGCAGUGGCUGAGCAGAGGUAUGACUCCAUCAUGGGCACCUUUUUAAUACUCUGCUCCACAAAGCUGGAGGCAGAGGAGGAGGCGCAGAGGCAUGCCAUCUUCGGGGAGUACUCCCACCCCUCUGGGUCUGACUGUGCCGGUCCUUCCAAGAGGUACACACUUCAGCACGGCCUUUCCAGGAAAAACAAUGAUCCAGUAAAACCCUGUGUCCCGUGGACACAGUCCAUGAUCCAGAAAGAACAGGGCAGAAAGCCAUUGGCCAGGGUCAUAUCCAGACCAGCGUGCAAGGCCAGAUCCGGUCCUGUCAGCCAACUGCAACACACCAGGGAACACAUGUUCCCCUAUAUUCCAGUUCCUGAGCUGGAUGUCCCAGGGGAGCACAAGAAUGCAUCUAUGCCAAGCCUCCGGCUGGAGGUUCCCCGAGAGAUGGAGACCUCCUUGAAGCCAUAA